AUGGAAGACAGAGAAGAAAUACUACAAUCAAUAUUUGAUAUAGAUGAAUUACCAACCGGUACAAAAUACGAUAACAUAUAUAUCACACCAAGUUACAUAAAAUUUGACGAAGCCUUUGAAGGAGUUACAUAUCGGCAGCGUAUCACUAUUAAAAACAUUGGACAUAGACCUGCGUUUAUUAGAAUUCGUCAAUCAAAUUCUUUAGCUUUUCAAGUGAAAACUUUGAAUAGUGGCAUGCGGGUGAGUCCUGGAUUAAGCAUAACAACAUACGUGACUUACAUCUUCAAAAGAGCAUCUGUAUUGCAUGCAAUAAUUCCAAUCGAGAUUAACGGAAAAAUUUUUGAUUAUCGUGUGAUAAGUACACUCGCCACCGAAUCUAUUAGUAUCGAGCCAAAAUCUAUCGAUUUUGGUACUAUCGACGUUGGUUAUUCAUCCGGCUUUAAAAUAUUAACAAUAUACAAUAAAGGAAAUAAAAGUACCAGAUUUUCGAUCGAUCUUGGGCAAAGUGAUUUGGACAUAACAAUAAAGCCACUUCGUGGAAGAAUUAAAGCACAAAAGGAAUUGAAACUUCAAAUCGAAAUAAUGGGCGUAAAUGAAGGCGUUUUUUAUAGUGAAUUCUGGAUUAAAUCUACUCCAAAUAUACGCGUUCCCAUAAAAGUGCAUGUCAUCACACCAGAAUUAGUAGUUUAUCAUCCGAAUACAACCGGAAAUAUUACCCUUAUCGAUUUUCCACCUACGAUAGAAAAUACCAGCAGAUGCGAUACUUUUGUCUUACGAAAUCUUUCGUCUCAAAUUUCCAAUUACGUUGUCCUUGGUGAGGUCGAUAAUGAAGUAAAAUGCAUUCGGGACAUUGAUCGCAAACACAAUCCGAUUUAUAGUGUCUUUGAAAUUUGGCCGCUUGAAGGACGAAUGAAACCGUUUCAAGGUAUCAUCUUCGAAGUCAAAUUUUCGCCAAUAACUAUGUUAUCGCAAUGGAGACAAAAAUAUGAGCAAAAACAGCGAAAAGACUUUGGACAUCAACAAAAUCGAAAAAAUAUAAAUUUUAUGGCAUUUAUUAGAAUAGUUAGAGUAGAUUGUACAGAGAAAGAACUGGAUGAUGAUAUCAAAGAAACGAUGAUGGAGACUUUUUCUUUGUCAACAUGCGCAUCAAAUGAUUCAGAAACGGGCGAUACAAUACGGCUUUGUCUUUACGGUGAAGUGGAAACGGUACAAUUGCAUCUCGAACCUGAUAGCCUCUAUUUUGGCAACUUAAUAGUCGGCCAAUGGUCACAACGCGUACUUCGUUUGACAAAUCUUUCUACUGUUGCACCGAUAUAUCUGGAAUGUGUACCAAGUGCAGCUGCAUGCUGUUAUCCGAAUCGGGUGAAACUUAAGUCAAAUACAUCUAUCGAAAUUCUUAUUAAAGUUCACGGCAAAGAAAGCAUUCAAUCUUCGUUCAAACUGUUCUUCAAUGUCAUAGCGAAUUCUUAUGAUUUAACUACAUUGAAAAACAGAUGCCUCAAAAGGAUAAAAGUUGGAAGUUAUUCCGUUAAAUGUACAGUAGCACCGAAUAGCUUCAACUAUCGGCGCUUGGUUGUAAAAAAUACGAACAAUGUUCCAAUAAUGAUACGAUUAAUGAGUGUCUCGAACAAGUGCAUCCGUUUUCCGGAAGGUAAUUUAAUAAUCUUGCAACCAGAUUCGAUGACGACAAGUCUCGUCGAGUACCUUGCAGAUAAAUACCUUGGCAAGUUUAACGGAUACAUCAAUUACGUGAUUAACGAUAAUCACUCCUUUGAGCUUAGUAUUUCUGCCGAUGUUGUUCGGAAACAGUUGUACAUCGACAAAAAAGAAAUUGAACUUGGAAAGGAAUGGUCAAAAGAAGAAAUUUACCGACCAAUGGCCUCUGUUAUUCCAAUUACAAACAAACUAGGCGCAAAUACAUAUUUUAGAUGGGAGAUACCGUCUGCUUCUGGCUUCUACAUAGAACCGAGAUCGGGUACUGUACGCGGGAACACUACUUUACACGUUUAUGCGCAUUACGAGUGUAAUAGUCCUAAAACUAAUCACGCUCAAGCGAUAAUGAAAUGCGAAAGCGGAACUUACGUGUCUUUGAAGCUCAACAUACGACGAUUUGUACCGAAGGUUGAAUUCGUAAACGACAGUACGAGUCUUGGUGAAAUACCUCUCAAUUUGCCGACCAAAGUGAUCGUCGUUCUCCAAAAUUUCGAGUUUAAUGAAAUGGCGUAUGAAGUAGAUAGCGCAUCGUUGAUACGUGGCUGCGAUGUUAAUCCAUUACGAGGAAAAAUAUCGCCACGCGGUAUUGUAAUUCUUGAGGUGCAUCUUACAUUCGACGUUUGUUGUAAUUUUUCUAUUGCAAUCGCCGUCAUGAUUCAAGGAUGUCUACGAUUAUCAUAUAAGAUAAAUGGCAAAGUAUCAUUUCCACGAUUGAAAAUUAUACCACAACGAAUAGAUUUAAAACGCAUCAGCAUCGAUGCUGUUCAGAUUCAUCAGAUAACAGCCACAAAUAUUGGCACAACGACAUUAAAACUGCAAAUUUCGCUAGAGGAAUAUCCUGAAUUUCGAAUAUUUCUGACAGCACACAACAAAAACUCAGAGAUAGGUACGGAAGGGAUAACUAUCGUCCCGGGCGCAAGCCAAAAUUUCUAUUUACACUUUCAACCGGUCGAUCUGGCCAGCUACGCUUUCUAUUUGCCGAUGAUAAUAAAUCAGCUGCUUGGUCCAGUAUUGACGUUGAAUUCGAAGAGUAUCAGACCGUCAGAGUUUUUUAAAUUGCGCGAAACUCAUUAUGCACAUUUAUCGGGUUUUACCAUGACAUCGUUACCCGAUAAGCUUUCUUUGCCCACGAUAUUUAUCGAUUGUACUGUUGCUGGUGGUACCGCUUUCUAUAACAAGCUUAUAUUUCAAUUCAACUUUGCAACUAAUGAAAUGUCCGAAGAAUUUUUUAUAGAGAAUCGAAUAAUGCCAAGGGAUAUAAUGGUGUCAAUAAAUAUCGAGAAAUUUAGCGAAGCGGAUUGUCCGUUUACCAUUGAGUGGUCUCGCGGUGUGGAAAUCACACGAACAUUCGAUUCGAUCGAUUGUAUCUUACGUCCUGGAGAUAGCGUCUUUUUUGUUCUCGAGUUUAAAUCGAAGAAACGGGGUAGCUUUAGUAUGGAGGUGCCGAUAUACGUUCGCGGUGAGCUCGACGACGGCGUGAUCAAUAAAUUACGUCUCGACGGCGAAUUUCCCGCCAGUUCGAUCGACGUCGAGCCGACGGAGAUAUAUUUCACGCCUGUUCCUCUUGGUACAGCGAUAGAGGAAAAGUUUAGAAUCCGAGCAAGGCACUUUGAUAACGCGACGUUUAUACGAUCGAACUUCUUGAUGACGCCGCGAUGCAGCGGUGAUUAUAAAAAUGAGAUGUUACGCAUCGAAUUCCCAAAUGGCAGUAACAUCUCCCCCCAACCGUACGUGGAACUUGAAGCAAAAAUAAUAUUCAAAAGUGAUCAACCGAUAUCCUUUCGCUCGACGAUUGAAUUUACAGUCGAUCGUGAACUUGCUGUGUGUUCUUUAACAGUACAUGCAACAGCGGACAAUAGUUUGUUAACGACAUACAUAUAUUCAAUGAAAUCAUAUAUCGCUCAUGAGACAGAUGUGACAAUCAGGUAUUUGAAGGAGCACAUUUCCUAUCCAUUGGAUGACACAACAGAUGAGACCGAUUAUACCGAAGAAAUAUUUCAUUCACGUAGAUGCAUAAAUGGAAAAUGGACAGCGGAUGAUGAUGAAGAACACGAUGAUGAAGAAAUAUUGAUUCAUAAAAAACAUCCCACGUUUUCUACCGAUUUCGAAAGGGAUAAAUGCAAGUUCUCUAAAAAAUUAUUGCAGCCUUAUUAUCUCACCAACAAUCAAAAUAGCAGUUGGGAAAAAUGUAUACAAGAAAUAAUAACAAUUAUGGAAGAAUGGAUGUAUUCGGGCCCGUUAAAAUUUCAUUUUUACCCGAACAUUCCUCAUGGAAUUAUGGCAACCUUUUCAAACUUUUGGUUAAAAAAAAAAUCACGCAUGAAAAAUUUUAAACAGAAAAGUAGCGCGAUUAUACCGUCAUUUAUCAACGUACUCGAAUCACUCGCAGAAUCAGAUAUUCACAAUUAUAUGGGAGAAUUGUUGAAACAACCAUUACCCGAAAAUGACAUCGAGAGGAUAAAUCAUGUUCUUCAAUUAUAUGAUAAAAUGCUCGAUUUUCUCCUAUCUCGAGGAGCGUUUUUAAUUCAUGUUUCGGCACAAUAUCUCCUAAAUUACAACGAUUAUUUAAUUAGCAUCACACAUUUAAUUGACAUCACACAGAAUAAUACAUGUAGAAGAAAAUUUUCCGAUGCGAAUCGUAUUGGGAUGCAAUGCGAACGAUUAUCCCAACAAUUAUUUGAAACGAGAAACAAGCAAUAUUGGUUGGACGUGAUUUUGCAAACGUAUAAAUGUUUUGUACUUCGGGGAAUACACGAGCCUAAAUUGCCCACGUUAUCCUUUGCAGCGCGUCCCUUAAAAAAAUCUACAAUAAUUCGGGAAUCAAUAGUAUCGUCUAUAUCUAGCUUGCCCAGACAGUGCGAACUUCAUGAAAGAGCCAUAUGGAAUAUCAUAAAUUUGCCAAGUGGCAAAACCAUUUUAGAUAAUCAUUGCCCGGAAGAAAGGUUUCUACUGUCUUGGCUGCAAUAUCAUUACGAACAACAGCGUGUGCAAGAUUGGAUGACCGAUCACCGUGUAAUCUUAAAUCCGCGAGAGAAGCAGGAUGUAGCGGAGUCCCGCGUGAUCAAAAAUUUUCAUUAUGAUUUGUCGGACAGCUUAGUGCUAAUCGCGGUUACCGCAGCCUACUGUUCCUUCCUGAUCGACGAAUAUUUUGACAAUUUAUAUAUUUGUACGCGGAACAAAAAAGAGGCGUUGCACAAUGCUAUUUGUUUAAUCACUGCUUGGAGAAAGAUACGUCUUGGAUUUAUAAUUACUCCCAUGCAAAUAGUUAAUCCGAAUCAAGUGCAAAUGUUACUGCUAGUCGUUUAUCUUUUCCAAAUAUUACCAACAUAUGUGCCUCACACCAAGAUUAAAUUUAGUUGUCCACUAUCUCACACCGUAACGAAGCGAUUAAGCAUUUCGAAUCCGACCAACAACAUUAUAAAUUAUUUACUUUUGUUCAUAAACAAUGGCAAUCGUUUAUUCAUUAUUUUGAAGCCUGCAUCGAUUUUAAGUUUAAACGCGAACGGCAGUGGUCAUAUAGAAAUACAAUUUCACGCCAGAAAAAUAAAGAAAAGUAGAGUGUACUUGCUGCUUUGUGGAAAUGCUGUUGGAUCACAUUUCGGAAGAAAUCAAACUAUCGUUUUGGAAGGUCAGAUUGAUAAUUUAGAAAUUUCUAACGAAUACACUAUACAAAGCAAGCUAUAUGAGAUUGUUGACACAAGUUUGAGAAUCCAUAUACCCUAUCGAAAUGCAGCUGAGUACGAUAUAUGGAUGACGGAAGAGCGGCCGAGCCAUCCCUCGAUCUUAAAAAUGGUACGAUGGUGUGAAUUGCGUGCUAGAAAAAUACCGAGAAGGCUUUUCCUGAAUCAGAAAUCGAUUGUCGUCGCUGAAGGUGUAUUAGAAGCGCAUUUAUUGAUCAGUGUAGCGUGCAUGGCACCAGAGCAACGAACAUUUUGGUUAAUCUUUCAAGCAAAGACUGCUGAUUUUAUUAUACAAAUAAAUUCACUUUGGAAAACAUCAAUCAACGAUCGCAUCGUUGUUGAGUGGACAAGUCAAGGAGAAUGUAUUUGCUCAGAUCAUCAAAAUCGCAGAAAAAAUAUGUGUCCGUUUAAUAUUAACGUACUUAUACCAUCGCGAAACGUUCAACUCUGGGAAUGUGUUGCUGAAAUGUUUCAAAAAACUCUCGAAUCAAAAGAACGUCAGUUCUGGUCUCAAUAUUCAGGUACAUAUAUUGAACUACAUUUAAUACAAUGGUUGAUGGGAAGUGACAUCGAUUCAGCGGCUUUAGAAUUUAUUCAUAUCUUUAAUACCGCAGUCACAUAUAAAGUCACCAUUUCAGACAAAUCGAGUCCUCUUAUUGUGCCAGAAUUUUUCACUAUACAAGAUGUAAGAUCGUCUUAUCAGCAAGUUCCAAUGAGCGUACAUGUCCUACCAUCGACUCCUCCGUUGUAUAAAACUACUAUUACUCUUACAUCUCUGGAUGGCAAAGAAUUUCGAGUAUAUAUCAUCGAUUGCUUACGAUCAUAAAGGUUGAAUGCCACGCCAAUUUUACCGGGAUUGUCCGUGAAUGAAUUUUCUAUUUAGCGAUACAUAUAAUGUUGCGCAUAAUAAAACUAUAUUACAUGUAUAAAUAAAACUAUUUUCAGAUGUUUUAUACUGCAUUCAUUUCUUCACAUCACUACAUCAACGAUGAUAAUAAUAAAAAAUUAUAAGUAUUGUCAUUUGUCUAAAUUUUUUAUUUUUUUUUUUCAAUCUGGGCACGCCGGUCACCGGUGGCCCCCAUGGCGUCACAGCCAAGUUAAGUGCCGGUCACCGGUGACCCCCGUGGCAUUCAACCUGUUAAAAAUAAAAUCUAUUUUUAAUCAACAUGUUAAAAUAAUUGAAUUUUAUAAGCAUAUAAAUCUACAUUUUAUAACAUAAAAGAGAAUAUGUCGAGAGAAUACUGUCGCCAAAUAUAUUAGGAGCUUGGAUAUGUGAUUUAAUCCAUUAUCCAGUUCUCCUAUUUGUUACCAUUCAAUUCAAUAAAAAAAAUUGUCACAAUCCGAUAAAUGAUAAACUUCAACUCUGAUAUGCACAUGAUGAUUUUUUUUAUUAAUUUUGAAUUACAAAAAGGAGAUAAAG